AUUUGAAGAUCUGGGUUGCGCGCGCAUUAGAUACUAAUAACCUGUAAGAGUCUCGGUCAAAGACAAAAUGGGGAAAGUUAAUGAUUCAUCCCUUGUGGGAUUUAAAUCUGCAUUAUUUUGUUUACUAACACAGAUAUUCAAUCAGUAAUCUUUGAUCUAUCCAACUCUUAGCGCGCAACAGGACACCGGGGUUUCCAUUUACGCGCGUCGUUUUAACGCGUUGGACUGCUGUUGUUUUUGACAAAUCGUACAAUGGGACAUCUGAACAACACAUCGCACCCGGCCAACUCCACCGACCCGUUCGGGCGCGAUGAAGAGGUCGCCAAAAUCGAGAUUGCGGUCCUCAGCAUCACCUUUGCGGUCGCUGUGAUCGGGAACUGCAGCGUCCUGCUGGCCAUUCACAACACCAAGAAGAAAACCUCCCGCAUGCACCUGUUUAUCAAACACCUGAGCCUGGCCGACCUGGUGGUCGCGUUUUUCCAGGUCCUUCCACAGCUGUGCUGGAAAAUAACCUUCCGAUUUUACGGCCCGGACUUCCUGUGCCGGAUCGUGAAGCACCUGCAGGUGAUGGGCAUGUUCGCGUCCACAUAUAUGAUGGUUAUGAUGACUCUAGAUCGGUAUAUCGCCAUCUGCCACCCUCUCAAGACCCUCCAGCAGUCCACGCGGAGGUCCCACAUCAUGAUCGGGGGAACGUGGAUCAGCAGCCUGCUCCUCAGCACCCCUCAGUACUUCAUCUUCUCCCUCAGUGAGAUCCAGAACGGCUCUGAUGUUUACGACUGCUGGGGCCACUUCAUCCAGCCCUGGGGACCCCGCGCGUACAUCACCUGGAUCACAGCUGGGAUAUUCCUCAUCCCGGUGAUCAUAUUAAUGACCUGUUACGGGUUCAUAUGCCACAGCAUCAGGAUGAACAUCAGAUAUAAGACGAAGAAGACGCUGACUGAUGGCGCGCACAAGAACGGGCUGAUCGGGAAGAACUCGGUGAGCAGCGUGACCACCAUCUCCAGAGCGAAGAUGCGCACCGUCAAGAUGACGUUCGUCAUCGUUCUCGCUUACAUCAUCUGCUGGGCGCCGUUUUUUAUCGUGCAGAUGUGGUCGGUGUGGGACAAGAACUUCAGCUGGGUUGAUUCAGAGAACACGGCCGUCACUCUGUCUGCGCUGCUGGCCAGUCUGAACAGCUGCUGUAACCCGUGGAUAUACAUGGUUUUCAGCGGACACCUCCUGCACGACUUCACUCACUGCUUCCCCUGCUGCCAUCAGAUCCACCAAAGCUUCAGGAAAGAGGACUCAGACAGCAGCUUACGCAGAACCACACUGCUCACCAAAAUCACCAACCGAAGCCCCACGUGUAGCUCAGGCACCUGGAAAGAGUUCGAUCAUUCCCCCAAAUCUGACAGGUCGGCUCCGGCUGGGACGUGACGCAUGCGGCCCCUGGGAAUGUGACUUUAUUGACCGGCACUUUGGUGAGACUCUUGCAGCAGCGUGACGGGCCGCAGGUUGAAGCGUUCUGACUCAGAGAUCUGGAUGCUGAUUGAGCUCCAGAAGAGUGAAAAUACUCAAGCUCAGGAGAGCUCAUUCUGUUUCAUUUAAGCAUGUUUCUCUUAAAACUGAAAACAGAGACACUAGUUGUCACCCAGUAAGAGAGCUGUAAAAUGAACAUGGAGAACAGCUCGGAUCAUUUGAUGAGAACUAUUUGAGUUUUCUGACUUUUUAUUGCAGCCAAGCAAAGAUUUGAGACAUUGUUGAGAUCUUCUCUGAAGCUUUUUAAGGUUUUUUUUCCUCUACUUUAGCUGAAGUCUUCAUUGCUGUCGUCAGAGAGAAGUUUGGAAUAAUUAUGAUUUUUUAAUGUUUUUGAAGUAAUUGCGACUUUUUAUCUCACAAUUCUGACUUUUUUACUCAGAAUUGCAUGAUAUAAACUCACAAUUCAACAAAAAAAAGUCAGAAUUGUGAGAAAAAAGUCAAUUUGCGAGAUAUACACUGGGGGCGCUUGUUUCCACGAUAGAAAAUAAGUCAGAAAUCCAAGAAAAAAGUCAAAAUUGUGAGAAAAAAAGUCAGAAUUGCAAGA